AUGUCUGGGAAUAGAGGGGGGCAAAGCAGAGACACGCAGAGAGAGAGACGGAGACACGCAGCAAGAGAGAGACGGAGACAGAGGCGGAGGCAGAGACAGAGGCGGAGGCAGAGAGAGACAGAGGCGGAGGCAGAGAGAGACAGAGGCGGAGGCAGAGAGAGACAGAGGCGGAGGCAGAGAGAGACAGAGGCGGAGGCAGAGAGAGACAGAGGCGGAGGCAGAGAGAGACAGAGGCGGAGGCAGAGAGAGACAGAGGCGGAGGCAGAGACGAGGCGGAGGGAGACGGACGAGCUGCGGAAUGACGGAGUCCCAGACGUAAUGUGAAGAGUUGUAAUAAUAAAAGUGGUGUCGGAGAAAACAAGAACGUUGUCUGUGUCAAGUCGACCACUACACUAUUGGGGCCAUUUUACACGAACCAGAAUUCACAUACUUUGAGCAGUGAACGGUAACCAGGUGCACAAGUUGUGCACGUUAAAUAACUGGGUCCACAAAGUUUAAAAGACCGUAGUCGAAAAAAAAACCCGUUGUCAUCUGUGUUCAAUAGUUGCAAUAGAAAAACGUAACUUUAAUUGGAUACGUAUAUUUUCAGUCAGGGCAUGGUCCAAAAAUAGCGCUGCUUUUUGGAUUAUUGGACGGUAAAUUUCCACCAUGCAUCGUGGCCAUGAAGUCUGAGCCAUACAAGUACUUAAUAUAAUUUGCACGUUCUGUCAUUGUUAUACGUGCAGUACAAAAGGCGGGCAUGACGGCGAUGACCAAGACAAUUUGCAGUUGUUGGGAUAAAAUAUUAAAUAUUUAUAUUCCACAUGGAAACAUGACGAUACGCAUAAAAUGAUUCAGCAAUUGUGCAAUCUACAGUUUUAAUUUAGAUUGUACAGCCAAGAGCUGUAUUUCACAGCAGGCAUCCAUUCUUUCCGAGUGAUCAUUGAGAUGAAACUGCGAAUUAAAUUCAGUCAACAUGGCAAAUUAUAUCCCAAAAUUAUAACAAUACACACGAAACAAAAUCAUUAUCAUACAUUGUUUAUCCACUUCUAGAUGACAGCUUUCCCAUUUUAUUGCCAUCAGUUACAACAACAUAUGAAUUACAUAUUCUAAAAAGGUACCUGUAAAUAAAUUUCCCUCGUUUCAAGAUUAAUAUUUUUGCUUGCAUACAUUUACAUAAAUUAACGUUGUGUAUCUCUAUUUUCAUAGAGCAAAAAUUAUAUAUGCAGACAAUAUUCCCCUUCAAUUUAGAUAUUUCAAUGCUAAAUUCUAUGCUAAUUCCUUUGUCAAGGGGUGCCUCUGCGGA